CAAGUCAUGCCGUUCGGGAGGACGGAUGGAUGGACCGGCUGCCCAGUAUUCCGGCGGGGCUGAGGUUGCCGCAGGAACUCGCCAGUCGCACCACAGUGCUGCUGGUCACACUGCUGGCCGGCUGCAUGCUGCUGCUGUACUCGGCCGGCUCCGGACACAUGAGUCCGGCCGCGCUGGGCCAGCACUACAACAGGAUCCGCGGCGUCGCGCACAGUCGGCUCCGCAGCCUGAUGGACAGCAGCGCCGGCAGUGAGCCGCUCAGCGCCGUCUACUGCUCGCAGGCGUGUCCGUGCGCCUGCCGGCCGUGGCGCGGGCCGGAGGACGGCGAUCCUCCAGAGCCGACCGUCUCCAACUGCGGGCACACGGCCGACCGGCGCGGCGCGGGACAGAACGUGCUGGCCUACACCUUCUUCGGCGACAAUGUCACCGCCUACUUAAGCGGCAUCGAGCGGAACGCGAUGCGUGCGCUUUUGUUUUACCCAGGCUGGACAAUGCGCGUUUUUCACGACGGCAAAGCUAGCUCCUCAGAAUGGAACAAUACAGCCUGCGAAAUUACUUGCAAGUUUCGCAACGUAGACUUUUGUGACGUGCGUCAUCUGCCCGGUCUGGGAGAUAUCAGCAACCAGUUUGGCGGCGUCUGGCGAUUCGCCGUCAUCGCAGACGAGUCUGUCGAACGGUUUGUGGUGCGAGACCUCGACUCUAUUCUGACGCAGAGAGAACGCGACGCAGUCAACGAAUGGCUGGAGUCCAACAAAACGUUCCACGUCAUGCGGGAUCACCCGUUUCAUGGAGAUGAGAUUCUGGCCGGCAUGUGGGGUGGAUGGAACCGCUACAACGACAAGUACCGCCGACUUCGUCAGCAGAUGAUCGGGUCAAUUCGCCCCACCAGAAGGUUCAACUGGGACCAGACCCUUCUGAGAGACGUCCUGUGGCCCGAGAUGGUCCGAACCGGCGACCUCAUGUCGCACGACAGCUACCAGUGCCAGCACUUUCCAUUCACACAGCCGUUCCCGACGCAGCGUUACAACAUGACCGAGUUUGUCGGCUCGCAGUACACCAGGACGACGAUCACUGUGCAGAAUGAAUGCCCCUUGGCCUGCAGGCCCCCGUCGCGUAUGCACUGGUUGUACUGCUGAAACAACAAAAUGGAUUUCUCCAUUCCUCCGCAACCCAUGACAUUUUUUUUUUCAUAGGCAUUAUCAGCCAGCAAUGGAAAUUAAGUCGCAUUCAUAAACUCAUGUGCCGAUUUUUCCAGCUUAAUAGUUCAUGUGCUUAAAGUCCAAGAUUUGGCAAACCUCAUGAGCACUGUAAUCAGUUGUUGGAAACUUGCCCGCCUGCCCUCCGAGAUGGUCGACAUGACCAUCAGCCACCUGCAGACCGUGCUACUGCUGGAGCUGAUCCGCCGGAAGGGCGCUCACAUUGAGCAUCUGCUUUGAGGAGCUGCCGCGACUGACCAGAGGGUUUACAUGCCAUGUGGCACCUGCCGUCUGUUUUGCCAUGUUUUAAUGAAUACAACUAUAUGCCAUUUUCAAA